CCCUAUGGGCCACGCGGGUGAGCUGAGCGUCCUGCUGCACGACGACUGAACCUCGGGGCCAAGCCAUGGUCAGCUUUCUGCAGCUCCUUCUAGCUUGGCUGGGAGGGUGUGGUUGUGCAGGCCGCCUCGUGCCUCCCAGCCAGGGAUCCAAGGCCGGAUCUUUCCGGGGAAACCCGUCUCAGCGUUGGGAACGACCUCUCUUCAGGACCCGUCGCAGCUGGGUCUGGAAUCAGUUCUUUGUCAUUGAGGAAUAUUCUGGCCCGGAGCCUGUCCUCAUCGGAAGGCUGCACACAGACGUGGAUCGUGGUGAGGGUCGCAUCAAGUAUGUCUUGACCGGAGAAGGGGCAGGCACGGUCUUCGUCAUAGAUGAGAAGACAGGCAACAUCCAUGUCACCAAGACCUUGGAUAGAGAGGAAAAAGCUCAGUACACGUUGCUCGCUCAAGCGGUGGAUCGGGCAUCCAACCGGCCUCUGGAGCCGCCGUCUGAAUUCAUUAUCAAAGUCCAAGACAUCAAUGACAAUCCGCCCGUCUUCCUGCAGGGCCCCUAUCAUGCCACCGUGCCUGAGAUGAGCAAUGUCGGUACGUCCGUGAUCCAGGUGACGGCCCACGAUGCGGAUGAUCCGACCUACGGGAACAGCGCAAAGCUGGUCUAUACGGUACUCGAGGGCUUGCCGUUCUUCUCCGUCGACCCCCAGACGGGUGUGAUUCGGACAGCCACUCCCAAUAUGGACCGGGAAACUCAACAGGAAUUUCUUGUCGUGGUGCAGGCCAAGGACAUGGGAGGCCAUGCUGGUGGACUUUCUGGAAGCACGACUGUAACGGUCACACUCAGUGACGUCAACGAUAACCCUCCCCGCUUCCCACAGAGUUCUUACCAGUUUUCUGUGGUGGAAACAGCACCUCCUGGGUCUGCGGUGGGGAGAAUGCGCGCGCACGAUCCUGACGAAGGGGAGAAUGCCCUGCUUGCCUACAGCAUCCUGGACGGAGGAGAUGGAGCUGAGGCCUUUGCCAUUCACACUGACCUGUUGGGGCAGGAUGGGAUCAUCACUGUGAAAAAGCCUCUGGAUUUUGAAUCCCGCCGCUCUUACACCUUCCGCGUGGAGGCCACCAACACGCUUAUCGACCCUCAAUACAUCCGGAAGGGGCCUUUCAAGGAUGUGGCCACGGUCCGUGUGGUGGUGGAAGAUGCUGACGAACCCCCAGCCUUCUCCCGCCCCGAGUAUCAUCUGGCCGUUUAUGAGAACGGCCCUCCGGGGACUCUCGUGGGCAAAGUGACGGCAGUGGACCUCGAUUCCCCCAGCAGCGUCAUCCGAUACUCCAUUCUGCCGCCCACGGAUCCCGAGCGCUUUUUCAGCAUCAACCCCCAGGAUGGCACAAUUCUGACCUCGGUGCCUCUUGACCGAGAGGUUUUGCCCUGGCACAAUAUGACUGUCCUGGCAACGGAACUUGGUAAGGGAGGGGUGGACUGGGCUCGGUGCGGUGGGUGGGUCUGCCUUUUGGCCCAACGUCUUGCACAUCUGGUCGCUCGACUCCACGGUGCUCCUUACCCCCGACUCUUGCCCUCAGACAGCCCCACACGGGGCUCCCAGGUCCAAGUGGCCGUUCAAAUUCUGGAUGUCAACGAUAACCCACCCCAGCUGGAACAGAGCUACGAGCCUUUUGCCUGUGAUAACGCUGCCCCGGGCCAGCUGCUGCAGCUGAUCCGGGCAGUGGACCGAGAUGAGGAUGGCAACGUGAGCCGCAUCAUCAUCCGCUCCCCACCUGGGGCCAGAGAACCAAACGUCACUGUGCGGGACAACAAGGACAAUUCGGCCUCCUUGCUGCUCCGGGCUGCCCGGCUGCCUGCCCAAGGCAGGUCUCUGCUUCUGCCCCUGGAACUUGUGGACGGUGGUUCCCCCACUCGCACGGGCUCCCCGACCCUGACAGUGAGCAUCUGCCGGUGUCGGCGAGACGGUGCCAUGCAGUCUUGUGGCCCUGAGGCCCUUGGAUCUCCUGCUGGCCUCAGCACAGGUGCCCUGCUUGCCAUCCUUGCCUGUGUUGGCACACUGCUUGCCCUGGUGCUGCUGUUUGUCGCCCUGCGGAGGCAAAAGCAGGCGGCUUUGCUGCCCUUUGAGGAAGAAGACGUCCGCGAGAACAUCAUCACUUAUGACGAUGAGGGCGGCGGGGAAGAGGACACCGAGGCCUUCGACAUGGCCGCCCUGCAGAACCCGGAUGCUGCCCCUCCUCCUUCGCAGCAGCGGCGCCUCCUCCGGCGGGAUGUCCUGCCCCGCCCGCACUUCCCGCUGUCCCUAUCCACCCGGGUGCCCCCGCAGCCCCACGACGUGGCCAGCUUCCUAGCGGCCCGCUUGAGCGAGGUGGACGCCGAUCCUUCGGUGCCUCCUUAUGACUCCAUCCAGGUGUACGGAUACGAAGGUCAGGGCUCCUCUGCCGGUUCUCUCAGCUCACCGGGUUCUUCUUGUGCCGGCGACAGCGAUGCUGGGGGGUAUGAGUACCUGGAAGAAUGGGGGCCGCUCUUCCGAACGCUGGCCGAGCUGUACGGUGCCCCAGAGGGUCCGCCGCCAACCUGAGUGACCUCGGCCCGAUGCCUCCCCAGGAGAGCGUGGACCUCUCUCCCCCUUCUCUGUUUUGAGUUGCUUGUUCUCCAUUCUGCUCACCCCCAGCUUCCUUGUCCUUGGUUGGAAUUUGUCCCUGAAAGGCUGCAUCACCUCAUGGGUUCCGAAACCCUUCCUGCCGACCUGCUGUUGCUUUACUGUGUCUGUGUCUCACGAAUAUUUCUCCUUCCCUUUCUUUUGGCUGUCUAUCCUGGUUUUUUUUUUCUUUUCG